CGACCCCCGUCUCUCACAUGUCGUAGCCGAGGUUGCUGGCGGCGGCAGGGGUAACAUUAACAUAUUUAAUGGCCCGCAGAUGCUUGAAUAAGUUAACCAAGACACAAAUACAACCCCAAGGACUCAAUGAGGGUUAACUAGUUAGUCGGCGCCGGCGGUGAGGCCGGGGCAAAGGCUGCUAUUAAUUCCCCUCUAUUCCUUUGCAAGUUUACCCCACCACAGAGCCACAGCGGACUUCAAUAACCAGAUAAAAAGCUCCGAGGCCCAGGGCGAUGACAGCGGAAGAGCGGACAAUAUAAUAUAAAACCUAUAAAUAAAUAAAAAAAACAUAUACACAUGGGAGGGAUAGGCAGGUGAACACAAGAUGUAACAUGGAUAUAAAACAUCUCAUAAAGCUACGACAGACUACAUGAUAUAAUAUAUAUAUAUAUAUGUAUAUAUAUAUACAGCUUGAGGAACUGAGCAUCGGAGCCAAACCAGGCACAGAAACCAUCUAUCAAGAAAAAGAAAGUAUAAAGAAUAAAGAAUAACAAAAAGUCAAUAAGUCAAUACAAAAAAAAAAAAUGACCGCCCUCCAACAACCCCUGGACAUCCUCCGCCCCUAUAUCGGGACAACCCUCGACCCGCUCCUCUCCUAUCUCAACUCCUCCCCACUCCUCAAAAAGGCCCUCAUCGCCGCCCUCGCGCUCGGCUUCCUCCGCACCAUCAACCGCACCCUCUCCAGUCAGGCCUUGAACAAUUGGCAGAGCCAGCGGCCAUGGGACAACAAGCGCGAACUGGUGCUAGUGACGGGCGGGUGCAGCGGCAUUGGCAAGCAGAUUAUGCUCGACCUGGCGCAGAGGGGGGUCAGAGUUGUCAUUUUGGACUUGAAUGAGCCGGACUUUAAGCUGCCGCCCAACGUCUUCUUCUACGCAGCCGACGUCACCUCGACCGCCAGCAUCAAAGCCGUCGGCGACGCCAUCCGCGCCGCGCACGGCGACCCAACCGUGCUCAUCAACAACGCCGGCGUCGGCUACGAAGGCACCAUCCUCGACGAGCCCGAGGAGCGCAUCCAGCGCACCUUCCAGGUCAACACCAUCUCGCACUUCUGGAUGGUGCGCGAGUUCCUGCCCGCCAUGAUCCGCGAGAACCACGGGCACGUCAUCACGAUCGCGAGCAUGGCGUCGUUCGUCGCGCUGGGCGAGAUGGCCGACUACGCCGGGUCCAAGGCGAGUGCGCUUGCGUUCCACGAGUCGUUGACGCAGGAGUUGAGGAUGUGGUAUAAGGCGAAAAAAGUGCGGACGAGUAUUAUCCACCCGCUGUGGGUGGCGACGCCGAUGAUCCAGCAGCUGACCAAGCCGGGGACUGUGUUUAACAUGCCGACGAUGACGGUUGAUGUGGUCUCCAAUGCGGUUGUGAAGCAAAUUCUGUCGCAGCGCAGCGGGCAGGUUGUGCUUCCAACGCGGCGGUCCGGGCUCAGAUUGCUGAGAGCGUUCCCUAUGUGGUUGCAGGAGCGAGCGAGGGGGAUUGGCUCGAUGCAAUUGAAGGCUCUAAGAGACAUAGACGUAACGCUGCAAUGAGAGGGGAGUGUUUUACUAGUAUGAAUAUGCCUUGUAUAUAUGUAUAUAGAAUAAAGAAGUAAAGACACAAAGAAAAUAAAAUAAAAUUCACA